GUGGGCGGCUCCCCGAGUGUGUAUCAUGGAUGGACACAGUUAGCUGGCGAGGGUAAACUUUAAUCUUUAAAUUCAUCUGACAGCUCCGAAUAAAACGUUUUGACUUUCGACAUUGUCACAUAGCUUAAAGAAGAAAGACGGUAAACACGCCUGAUGGUGACAGCCGGCCUCUGACCCACGAUGAUCGACGACUUCAUGAACCGGGAGGUCCGGUCCAGCGGGGAGCUGUGGACCGAGAUCUGCUCCGGUCUGCCGGCGGUGCAGAGCGGGGCCGCCGCGGAGAGCAGCCCGGAGUUCAGGGACUCCUUUCACCCGGCGGAGCAGGCUCCAGCGACCGGGACCAGCUCCGGGACCAGCUCCGGGACCAGCUCCGGGACCAGCUCCAGCGCUGCGUGGGAGCCCAUGGAGGACUCUGAGAUUUACAUUGCCAGUUUAGAGAAUCGCCUGAGGAAGCUGAAGGGCCAGUCCACCGACGUGACCUCCAGAGACAUGCUGCGCUCCUUGUCCCAGGCCAAGAAGGAGUGCUGGGAUAGAUUCCUGCAUGACGCCCAGACCUCGGAGCUUUUCCAAGGCGGGGACAUGGAUGAAAGUGCUCUGGAACACUUUAAGCGGUGGCUGAUCCCUGAGAAGGUGGCCAUCAGUGCAGAGGAGCUGGAGUAUCUCCUGAGGCCGUCUCAGAGCCGGGAGCCGGCGGCGGCGGACCAGACGCACGGCGAGGACGACGCCGACGGAGAGACGCACAGACCCGACGAAGACGACGCCCACAGCCCGGAAAAAUAGCUGAAACGCUGAAAUCACUACUAAUUCCCGGUGCGUUCAGUGAGAGUGGCUUGUUAUCUCCAUGUUAUAUCAUUGCAGUGUUAUGGCCAAAGCUUUUGUUACCGGCGGUCAGGAAAGCAAUUACAGCCCCUCAUCAUCCUCUGUAUCCCCAGCAACUGAGUGUUAAGUACUCAUUCACUCACUGCCAUUCUGUCUUCGCUAUUCAUCCUCUUCGGUCUCCUCACAUCUUGAAAAUAUAUAAUAAAGCAUCAGAAAAUAGACGUGUUUGUCUGGCGGGGCAGAAUUUGCAUCAGGUCUGUGUCUCUCCGUCUCCCAGAAGGGUUUGUGGUGUGAAGCCGGCCUGCGGACUGUGAUGAAGGACCAGCGUCUGGGCUCCGUUUCAGAGGAGAGCCACACUAACUGCACUGCAGGCCUCACUGCUUUUAAAAACGCUCAUGUUUAGAGUAGGAAGUGUUAUGUGGUAUAAUCCAUCAACUACUGUGACAUAUUGUGUAACUUUUUUUUUCCUUGUUGACUUUCGAUGUGAAAUUUAUCCUUGUUUCAAUAAAAACAUUUAGAUUUGA